GCUGCGUCUCUGCGAAGCGUAUUACUUAAUCCUUUCUGUUUUCGCUCUUUGUUUCUGCCGCACUGCGCUGUUGAGACCCGACGUCGUGCCGCACACGUCGGUGUACAGUGGUAAGAGGAAGUAAGAAGGAGGGGGAACACGAAUCUCUGCGGGGCCCGUGACAGCACACACACACACACACACGCACGCGCGCGCAAAAACAUAUGUAUCUUUCUUUCUUAUUUUCAAUAACUUCAUCUCCACGUCGCACCUUCACAUAUAUCUUUUACCCCGCCAAACUGGUGCUUACGUUCUCCGUUGUGAGUGUGAGUGAGUGAGUUAGUUCUGCGUGAGCUCCGCACCGUCGUCUUUAUAUUAUCCAUUAAUAUCUGUUUUGUGUUUCCCCCGUUUAAUAACACCCACGUAAACGGCGUUGCCGCGUCGCCAAGGCUUUGCGGCCGCCGCUGUUAUAUCAAAAAUAAUUAGAAACGAACGGUCAAGAGCUCCGCUGCACCCACGAAGGACAUACACACGCGUCGCUCACCGCAGAUAGCAACAGCUUAAAACAGCAAUGAUGAAGUUCGCGCCUUCCUCUGCAUCCGUGCGGGGUCCCACCGCUACCAAGCUUCCUGCCCUCGUGGCACGUCCGCCUUCGUCGCGGCCCGCCACCGCCCGUGCUCGCCUCGCCGCCGCCGCCGCCUCCACGGCCGCGACCUCCUCGAACGCCGCCUCCGCCUUCGUUGUCUUUCCAGAACUGCCGGAUCAGCUCCUCUGCGCACCGGACAACACGAUUUGGGUGUAUGGGCAGUACGCCCUCACGUUCUUCGCGACGGAGGCGGCGGCGCAGGCGAAGCUGGAACGGAAGCUGCAGGCGAUGCUCCGCGAGGCGCAGCGGCACUACGAAGUAAGUCGCGCCUUUUUCCAUUCGCUGAGUCCGGAGGAGCAACAGGCCGAGCUUCUGCGCAGCAGCAGCAACAGCAAUGUGGCACCGCUUUACAGGCCCACCGCGACUGCCGCGACGGCGACCAUUCUCUCUCCGGGUGAGGCGGCGGCGGCGGCGGCGGUGAUGAUGGAGGAAAACGUGUAUUGGCCCUCGAGGGAGAGCGAAUACCUCCGUCGCCACCGUCCGCGGAGUCAGGGGGAUGACGCCCACCACAGGAGUAGCGACGGCGGUGUUCGCUACAACGUGACGGGUCACCGCAGAAGCGGCAGCAUCGGCAGUGCCAGGAACGCCUGGGAUGCCGCAGGGGACGUCAUCGCCGGCGCGGAGGACAGCGAAGACAGCGGCGCGCCGUACCCGCCCGGCCUGCGCGUGAACCUGGUGUUGGACAUCGUCGCGUCCCGCAAAACGCUCGGGGCAGCUCCGCUACGCAGUCGUGCCUACCGCAUUGCGGAGCGGCUGUACCGACGUGUGAUGCGGCGGCCGCAGCAGCAGCAGCAGGAGCAGCAGCGAAAAUCGCACGGGGAGAUGGCGGCCGAUGCAGCAGCAGCAGCGAGGACGAUCCGGCCGGGUGAUCGACCAACUGCUCCCAUGAACGGCGCCGGCGAGACGACGACGCGUGCGCCGGAUGAGCGCGUUGACGCGCUGCAUGAUAUGGCCCCGUACAUCCGCGCGCUUGUCAUCGGCAUCAGCGACGCGAACAUCACCCUCGUGGGGCGUGACGUGGUGUGUCCGUACCGGCACUUACCCGCGCCGACGCCGACGCAGUGGCGGGUGCGGAGCGCGCUGGAGGCCUUAGCAGACGCAUCACGACAGCAGCAGCAGCAGCCACGGCUGCACUCCGCUUCCAGCUCCACUGGCGCUGCCGGUGCUGCGGCAUGUGCGACCGGGGGGAAGAUGGCUGCACCCGCCACGCCGACGUCGGUGGCUGCGUCGAUGAUGUUGGCGGCCCUCGUGGCGAAGCACGUCCUGCAGCGCCGCUCCGUGGAGUCGUUAGUGCCGGCCCCCUACACGCGUGUCGCGCCGACGCGACUCGGUCAGCUGGACCAGACGCGCCUCAUUCUGUGUACGCCCCCGGUGGAGUGGUCGACGGCGGGGGAGGAGGAGGCGUGA